GUAGUGGGCGGGACAUGCAGAUGAUGGGCACGUAGAGUUUGAUCUAGGGCCAGAUUUUCAGUGUGGAUUGUAGUAGAGAUUUUUGGAGGCUGUGGCAGUGGGACCAGCGUUAUUUAGAGGUGAACCGCGUGUGAGGCUAUCUUCGAUUAAAAAAAAAAAAAAAAAACGCUCACAAACUGUUGGAUAUCACAUAAGGUUGACGUGUCGCCAUGACAACAGAAGCGGGCACUGAGACGGAGGUGAAGGAGAAAGCGGAGGAGUCAGCAGCUCAGCCCGACCAGCUCGACCAAUCAGAGAAGGCGCCCGAAGAGACCAAGGAAGUAGUCGCCGCUGAGGGAGACAAGAAGGAGAAGGAGGGCAAAGGGAUAUCCCGGUACCUGCCGACAUGGCUCAAGAAGCAGAAGUCCCAAAACCUGACCUCACCCACUAAGGACGUCCCGAUAUCAGAGGAGUCUGUUGGCAACGAGACAGAGCCGAAGGAGGGGGCACCCCCAGAAGUGAACGGACACGCCGAAGAGGAGGAACAGGAGAAGGAGGAAAAGAAAGAGACAGAGAAUUUAGAGCAAGUGAAUGAAAGGGAGGCAGAACCGAAAGCUGAUGUCAAGGAGGAGACUGAGCCUGUGAGGGAAGAGAAAGUAGAGGAGGAGAAGAGUGAAGACAAGAGUGCAGAGGACGAGACGAAGGCUGUCCCAGAAGAAGAGAAGACGGAGGAAGAGCAGAAGGGGCUAGGAAAGGAAACAUCUCAGGCUCCUGCUGAAGGGGAGAAAGAGACCCAGACCUCGCUUUUCCAGUCCCCACUCAAACUGGUGAGGAAGAACAAGAUGAAGCUGGUGGUGUGUCAUGUGACCCUCCUGGAUGGGACAGACUAUACCUGCGAAGUGGAGAAACGAGUGAAAGGCCAAUACUUAUUCUUCAAAGUUUGUGAGCAUCUCAACCUGAUGGAAAAGGAUUACUUCGGUCUCACAUAUAAAGACAACCAUGACCAUAAGUGUUGGUUGGAUCCCACUAAAGAAAUCAAGCGACAGAUCCGCAGCAACAACUGGCAGUUUUCAUUCAAUGUGAAGUUUUACCCUCCUGAUCCCUCACUGCUCACAGAAGAUCUUACAAGGUACCUGUUGUGUCUUCAGCUUCGUGAGGAUGUGGCCUCUGGUAAACUGCCCUGCUCCUUUGUCACGCACGCUCUGCUGGGGUCCUACACACUCCAAGCUGAACUCGGAGACUAUGAGCCCGACCAGCCGAAGCCCCUCGACUACAUGAGUCAGCUGACGUUUGCACCCAAUCAGAACAAAGAAAUGGAGGAGAAGAUUCUUGAGCUCCACAAGUCUCACAGGGGUAUGACACCUGCUCAGGCAGAUGUCCAAUUUCUAGAAAACGCCAAGAAGUUAUCCAUGUACGGCGUGGACCUGCACCAUGCUAAGGACUCUGAGGGUGUUGACAUCAUGUUAGGAGUGUGUGCUAAUGGACUCCUGGUUUACAAAGACAAACUCAGAAUAAACCGAUUUGCAUGGCCCAAAAUACUGAAGAUUUCAUACAAGAGGAACAACUUCUACAUCAAGAUUAGACCAGGAGAGGCAGAACAGUUUGAGAGCACGGUGGGCUUUAAGCUGCAGAACCAUCGGUUGGCCAAACGACUGUGGAAAGUCUGUGUGGAGAAUCACAGCUUCUUCAGAUUAAAUACACCAGAACCUCCAAACAAGGCACGGUUCUUGACUCUGGGUUCAAAAUUCCGAUACAGCGGCCGGACCCAAGCUCAGACCAGAGUGGCCAGUUCCCUCAUAGACCGACCCGCACCCAACUUUGAACGCACCUCGUCAAAACGCAUCAGUCGCAGUCUCGAUGGAGCACCAAUGAUAAGCAUCACCGACACCAGUGCAGGAGAGAACGGCCGUGAGCCUCACCUAGAGCUUAACUCUGACUCCAAGGUGGAUUUGAGUCCUGGUGAAGCUAAGACUGCCACCACACAGCAGUCACUUGGAGCCAGUGAAGCUGCUCCUUCUCAGGACCAUGAUAAGACCCAGGAUGAGGUUCUGAAACACCAAGCUAGCAUUAGCCAGCUCAAGCGCUCCUUUAUGGAGGCCCCGCCCCCCUCUCCUCCUCAGCCCAACCUGUGGGAGAAACGCCUCACCUCCUCUCCUGCAACGAUACGCGUUCAGCCUCAGCCCGUGGUCAUCGUGUCUCAACUAGAAACAUCCCCGGUUGAAAUCGUGACCUCUGAACCCAAAGAACUUGUGAAGACUGCUGAAGUUGAAAUUGAAGAAACAGUUGUUGUCCAAGAAGUUUCCAAAGCAACCAAACCCAUGAUUGUAACGGUUGAAAAAGUGCCGAGCGAGCCAGUGGUGAAGAUAGAAGAGGCAAUGACAGUAUCAGAGGAGGAGAAACCGUGUAAACAAGAAAGUGUGUCAUCUGAAAGCGAAAGUGAGGAAGAGGCAGAGUACCACCCGAAUGUUACAGUUUCUAUAUCCCACACCCAAAUACCAGAGGAGAAAGAGGAAGAGAUAGAGGAGGAGCAAGUAAAAAAUGACACUUCAACUGACUCGCCUCCUGUUGCCCAAGACGCGCCCCCAACUGAGGCACAACAAGUAGUGGAAGAGACCAAAGAAGUAGCCCAGCCCAAAGAAGAAGCAACAGUUGUAGAAGAGAAACCAAUUGCAGAGCCUGAGAUUGAGGAAAGCACAGAUGACCCGAUGGUGACCCCUGAGGAAGCCCCCAACGGCCUCCCAUUGGCUGACGAAGAUGCUACACUAGAAGAAGAGCCCAAAAUGAAUGGCCAACCUGUGACAGUGGAGACAGAGCGCCACCCGCAGGUUAUUUGUUGCACUGAGCCUCCGGUGGUAAAGACGGAGAUGGUGACUAUUUCAGACACGUUUGCAGCGCAGAAAACUGAAAUAGCCACAAAAGAGGUGCCCAUCGUUCACACGGAAACCAAGACCAUCACAUAUGAAGCCGCACAGUUGGAAGGGAAUGGCGAUGCUGAACCCGGAGUGUUGAUGACUGCUCAGACAAUCACCUCUGAAUCGCUAUGUACCACGACAACCACACACAUUACCAAGACUCUGAAGGGUGGACUCUCAGAAACCAGGAUUGAGAAGCGCAUUGUCAUCACCGGGGACUGCGACAUCGACCAUGAUGAGGCACUAGCCCAGGCCAUAAAGGAGGCCAAAGAGCAGCAUCCUGACAUGUCUGUAACCCGAGUGGUGGUUCAUAAAGAGACUGAAUUGGCUGAGGAGGAGGAUUGACUGACACAGAGUGGAAGUGGCCAUGUUGACCUUUGACCCACAACCACUUUGAGAAACCUUGACUGAGAUGGAGAGGACACAUCGAAACCUCUGAUUUUCAAAACAAAGAAAAUUUAUAUCCUCGCUCUCUCCGAGGGAACAAAAGAACCACUUUGUUAGCUUAACAUUUGUAGCAUGUUUUUAUUUUUUUAAUAGUGAGUUCUCUUUAACUGUUUAUUUUACAAAGAAAGAAGUUAGUGUGUCUUAUAUGUCACAGAAUGAAAAUCUUUAGGGAUGCACUGAUAAUCAAAGCGGAGAGUAGAUACGAGGCUAACCUGGUAAAUUAUUGUACUUUUUGUCAGUACUACAACAUGGGACCUUUCUGAUGUAAGCUUGUUUGAGGACUGUUCAUUGCCCUUUGUCACUACAUAAUGUAAAUACAGAAUGUGUUUACCAAGAGUGGUUACAUCUAACAGUUCACAACUUUCAAUAGGACACCUUUUUCUACUGUUGUUUUUGUUUUUCUAUAAAAUAGUUUUGCAACCUCAUUCCUAAUGUAACAAGAGGCUACAGUUAUUUUACAGGUUCUUUUUAGAAUUGACUUUUGAUAUUUGGAAAAUGUAUCCUAAUAAAAAAUAAACAUGGGUUUUAAAAAAGUUCACAUUUUUCAAAACAUUUUCAGACAAAAAAGUGGGAGAUGGACUCGCCUGGGAGAGUUGAGUUGUAAACUUUAUACUUGGGAGAUGAAAUGGGAGAUGGGUCAUGUAACUUCAUGUAUUUGAAUUCAGAUGGCAUAAAAAAGCACUUAGUCCCCUGCUUUAUCACAGUGAUGAACGUAACCUGCUUUCACAACACUUAUAGGAUGCAGUUGUUUCAAAGGCUUUUAAAAGGUACUGUCUUGAUAUGUUUAGUUGUUGGCCUCCAUGACUUCUCCAAAACAGUUUUGUUAUAACUGGUUAAGAAAAAAACAAUCUCAUCACAGCCUGUAGUUUUACAUUUUUAAACUGACUUAACAUUGAAAACAAUCACAGGCUGAAUGGACACAGUGCCAUGUGAAGGGACGUUAAUCAGAUGUUUUUGCUGGUCACAAUACUCAAAGCAGUUCGCAAAAUGCCACAAUGAAAUGCAACAACUUUGACUGGACCUUACCACUGUUGACUCAAAAUGUGGACUAAAUGAUUUUAUUUAUAGCAUUCAUUGUAAUUAUUCAGGCUUUUACUGGGCACCUUGGCUUUGCUGUUACUAUGCAGUUAAUGACAUUCCACACAAGCUUUAACCUCUAGUUACAAAGAGGCAAAUCAGUAGAAAAUCAAUUUAAGAAGUUGAUGUCAGGCAGCUGUGGAGGCUUGUGCUUUUCCAAAAAUGUUUUGGUUUAAUUUCACAUGUUCAUUUGUCUUCUGUAAAGCUGUUCUUGGCCGACUGCUAGGCCAUGAUUUCAAUGUUGUCAAAUGUUUGAAAAAACAUCCCAAGUUCCAACCAUUGUAUUUCCUUUUCCAUGACAUUGUCUGUUAUUGGGCUUGUGCCUAGCCAUUGUAGUCUGAUCACAGGAGCUUUGGGGCGUAUGGUUCUGGUUUUCUAAAAUGAAUACAUAUUUGGAUUUUUAAAAAAUGUGUGCUUAAAUGAAAACGUAUAAAAAUGUCCACAUGUUUUAAUAAAACCGCAUAUUGAAUAGACAUACAGUGACACCAAAUGUUUCUCAAUUUAUUAAUACACAAUAUGUAGAAUAUAUUCUUAAAUGCAAUUGUAAAACCAGCCAUGUGCCCCAUAGUUUUCCUUUUAGCCAUUGGAUAAUUGCAGUAGAUCUUUUUCUAGCAGCUUCAGUGUCUUGUGUCUCCUCACACAAAUCCACAGAUUCCUUGUGUUACACUGUUUAAUAAUAAAGCAUUGUUAUAUUUUA